AUGGUGGUCAUCCCUGAUUCAGAUCACACUGUACGCGUCAAGUUACUUGACACUACGACAUAUUUAACUGGCAUCGCAAACGUCUUCGUUGAUCCAGUGGUUGCCGGUCAUGAAACAUUUUCCUUUUAUGAUUUUGCCUUUCUCAUUGAAAAUGAACGUCUUGGAAAGAAGGUGAUGUUUGACCUCGGCACCCGCAAAGAUUAUUGGAAUCUUUCCCCGCCGUCCAACGGGUCUUUGGAUGUUGCUGAUGUUCUCACCGACGGCGGAGUUCAACUGAAUGAGAUUGACUCCUGUAUCUGGUCUCAUUAUCACUAUGAUCAUUGUGGUAAUAUGGCACCAUUCCCACCAUCAACCACCAUCACAGUUGGAGCUGGGUUCGCGGCAGCAGGUCUUUUGCCAGGCUAUCCCGAGAACCCAGAAUCCCCUGUUCUAGCGACCGACUUUGAAAACAGAAGUCUGGUUGAAAUUAAGUUUGAUGAUGGUCUUACUAUUGGCGGAUUUCCGGCCCAUGACUAUUUUGGAGACGGCUCCUUAUAUCUGCUCGAUUCUCCAGGCCACUGCCCGGGCCAUAUUUCAGCGUUGGCCCGUACGACACCAUCCUCUGGGGAGAGAGAGGCUACAUUUGUAUUUCUGGGUGGAGAUAUCUGCCAUUUUGCAGGUGACUUCCGGCCAUCGCCUGAUAAACCCCUACCAGAUCAUCUUCAGGAAGGGCUUCUUCGUCGGCGCAAGGCACCAAUUAAGUGUCCAUGUUCCCUUAGAUCUAAUCACCCCAAUGCGACUAAUGAAGCCGAUGCCCGGACAACACCAUGGUACAAAAUGGCCAGUGAGUAUCCCACGGUCUACAAAGAUUACGAAAUUGCCAAAUCCUCAGUUUUGAAAAUGCAAGCUCUGGACCAGGAUGACAAUGUUCUGGUUUGUCUGGCCCACGACGCGAUUCUUCUGGAUACUCUGCCACUUUUCAACAAAUCCCCCGGAGAGAACAUGAAUGAUUGGAAAAUCAGAGGCAUGAAAGAAAAGUGUCACUGGGGGUGGCUAAAUGAUGUUUCCAUUGACGGCAAACCAGCUCAAGAUCCACUGGUCGAAGGAUUCUGGAGAGAUGGGAAGCUCUGGGACUAUGGGGCAUUUAAGAAAACUUUAAAUAUACCUCCACUUUGA